UGGGAGUUCCAGCCCCGUGCGGCUCCCUCCAGGUGCCCCGCACCCUCCUUCCUUCCUCGCCCGGACGGACGCACUUCCGGCGGAUGUGGGUGGGGGCAACCCCGGAAACGGAAGUGAGCCGCGGGUCGGCUGACGGUAACGGGCUGAGAAGCUGUUCGCAGAGCGAGUUGAAGAUGAAUGCCAGAGGACUUGGAUCUCAGCUAAAGGACAGUAUUCCAGUUACUGAACUUUCAGCAAGUGGACCUUUCGAAAGUCAUGAUCUUCUUCGAAAAGGUUUUUCUUAUGUGAAAAAUGAACUUUUGCCCAGUCAUCCUCUUGAAUUAUCAGAAAAAAAUUUCCAGCUCAACCAAGAUAAAAUGAACUUUUCCACACUGAGAAACAUCCAGGGUCUAUUUGCUCCAUUAAAACUACAAAUGGAAUUCAAGGCAGUGCAGCAGGUUCAGCGUCUUCCAUUUCUUCCAAGCUCAAACCUUUCAUUGGAUAUUUUGAGGGGUAAUGAUGAGACUAUUGGAUUUGAAGAUAUUCUUAAUGACCCGUCACAAAGUGAACUAAUGGGAGAACCACAUUUGAUGGUUGAAUAUAAACUCGGUUUACUGUAAUGCAGUGUGCUGUUCAUGGAAAUAGAGGGGCUGCAUCUUGUUUAUAGUCGUUUUUUACUAUAAUUUGACAUGCACAACAUUAAAAUUACUGACACAUGAGAAUUUUUGCCUAAAUAGUAUCUGUGAUCAUUUGAAGUUCUUUGGGUCUUUGGUUUAUGUGAUAAUUAAAGGCACUAAAGGGAGAUGGUUUAAAAACUUCUAAUUUAUAUUAAAACAAUAGCCUUCUAUGUCUUUAAAAAAAUGUUGCUAAUUAAUAUCAUAAAACUAUGCACAGGUUCCAAUUCAGCCUGUUUCCUAGUUAUUUCAUAAAUUUAAUUUUGAAUAAUCAUUGGUAUUUGAGCCUGCAAACUUCAUAGUAGCAUCUUUCAGAAUACACAUCUGUUCAGUGGCAGCAUUUCAAAGUAAGUACAAGAUAAGACUAUUAUAUUUUACCUUGUUUCAGUAUAGUCCAUUAAUACUCAUAAGAAUAACACUUGCUUUAUUGAUGCUACUUUAGAAUUAUAACUACAUUCUUUGAUUCUUUCAGGUUGAAAAGUAUAAGUUCAGAGGUUUUGAUUUUGGUCUUGUCUUUAAAGUGAAAAAUUAAUCAGCAGAUGUCAAUUAAACUGUAGUACUGCAUAGAUUAGUAUAUCAUAAGAUGCUUAAAUUUAAAAAGGAAAAAAGAACAUUCAUGUACACAUACAACUGUUCAUGAACAAAUUCAAUAAUAGUUUAUUUAAAAGUAAAUCUUCCCUAUGGUUGUUCUUUGUUAAUAAGGUAUUUUUUUAUGGACCUAGUAUACAAAAUUAAAGAUUAUCAAUUUCUCAGGAGUAUUUUUAUUGUCUAAGUCACUGAUUUAUGACUGAAGGCAAUGUUUUCUCUCCCCACUGGGAGUGGGGGGGGUCAUUUAACAGUGUCUAGAGAAAUUUCUGGUUGUCACAACUUUGGGGAGGGUUUCCAACUGGCAUCUAGUGCAAGGAGGCUAGGGAUGCUGCUAAACAUCCUACUAUAAAAAUUGCUCCUGACCGUUGAGAUUGAGCUUAAAACUGUCUUUGCCAACACAGUAUUUGCCAACCCACUGUACACUUAAAUUAUGAGAAAAUAUAGAAAUAAUGAAGGUUCACUAAUUGAUUGUUUCUAAAUGUGUUCUCUUUCAACUAAUUAACAAGGUUGGAUAUUUCUGUACCUUAAUUAGUUUUAGGAAUAGUAGAUACUCUUCCUGACCAGUAGAAGGUACUAUGAAUUAAUGAACAUAGUUUAAAUGGAAAAGCUGAUGCUUUAAACACAGAAAUUGGUAAUCAUGAUUAGUGCUUAUUCUCUGAAGGUCUUCAUGCUUCCCCCUCUCUCCUUUUCCUCUUUUACCUCCUUUGUGUUUACACCCAUGAUCCUUAUCCCUGGGUGCGUGUAAAAUCACCUGGAAAUCUUGUGAAAGAAUCUUGGUGUCAGGGUCUGAAUCUCAGAAGUUCCAGAAGGACGAGUCUGGGGUGGAUCCCAGGAAGUCUACUUUUGAAAAGCUCUCCAGGGAUGAGAACCUUUGAUUUGUAUGCUUGCUUUCGCCUUUAUAGUAAUAUUUAUUAGCAUCAGUUAAUUCUUCCCGUGUACCUCGGUGCUGGAACGUUUGCUAGUAGUCUCUGCAAACUGCAGUGUGUGCCUGGAGUUGGGAUGAUUUGGGUUCCUUCAUAAGAGUAAAUUUCAGGUUCCUCUGAGAUACUUUGCCUAGGUGCCAGACUCUUCAGUUAGGCAUUUUUUCUUUCAGAUGCUGUGGGGUUUGUUUUAAGGAAUUAGUUUAGUAUUUUGGGGGUUUAAGAGAUACUUCACAGGUUGGUGCCUGAUUACAAUUAAUUUUACUAACACUAAAAUGAUAAAAUUCACAAUAAAAGAUAUAAACAUAA